CAGGCAAUAUGGCGGAAGAGGAGGCCAUGAGCCAGGAGGACUGGAAGGAGAAGUGUAUAGUCCUCGAAGCUCUGCUCAUGAAGUUCAGGGUGCAGAUCAUCAAGAUUCGAGAACUCACCGCUGACAAGAUUCAACAAUUGGAGACGCAGGUGAUUGAUGCAGAAAAACGGGCCUUCACUGCUCACCAGCAGGUGCAAUGGAUGGAGGAGAGGCUGAAGGCUCCAGACGGUCAAUCCGGAGACUCAGAGGUGCGUUUGUUUCAACGAUGCCAAGAGCUGCAGGCCUUGGUGCAGGAGAAAGAGGACUUCAUCGCCCAACUGGAGCAGCAGCUGGAGGAGCAGAAACAAAUACGACAUCAGGAUGCCAAGACAGUGGAGGAGAAAGCGGCUAAGAUCAAGGAAUGGGUGAUGCUGAAGUUGUCAGAGUUUGAGGUGGAGAACGCUGCUCUAAGAGAAACCAAUAAGCAACAGGAAGCUCAGAUUUUGGAGCUACAGAAACAAGUGCAGGAAUUUGAGCAGAGGUGUGGUGGUGGACGAGGAGUCCUUUGCAGACCAGGUGAGGCCCAGCGUCUCAGCAGCCUGACGUUUGGCUGUUUCCAGGUGAGAGGGAAGAGCCCUCAGGUCCUCACUGGUCCAGCACCCUCCCAGAGGACCCUCAGCACCCAGGAAGAGACUGAGGGCAAAGACAAAACUGAGAAGAGUAGCAAGCAGUCAGCCUCCCCAGGGGUGGACGGUGAAGUCCAGAAACCGGACCAGACUGGACUUGUGGUAACUCCUCUGGAAGAUGACAGUGCAUCUGAAAGCCCUGGGGAGAAUGCCUGUGGCUCUGAGUCUCGCGGCGUCUCCUCUGUGCUUUCCAGCGCUGCAUCAGAGGGGGAAGGAGGAGGAGGGAGUGAGGGCAGAGAAGGAGGUGGAGGGUGUAGUCUGGAGUUCAGCCGCCCCGGCAGUGAGACCUACCUGACUGCCUCGGACGACAGCAGCUCUCUGUUUGAUGAUGACAUGCAGCGAGCGGGGUCGUCAGAUGGGGCACUGGGAGGGUGUAAGGAGGGGGAGGAGGAGGCACACAGGGCCAAGCUGGAGGACUGCACCUCCGAGGAGCUCAACAAACGAUUCCAGUCACAGAGACUCGACUCCUCAUCCUCCUCCAGCGAACCUAACACUCCCAGCCCCAUCCUCACGCCAGCUCUUACCCCUAAACGACCCAACCCACCCCAGGACCUAAGGGACAACCCCGCCUCACCCAAACAGCCCCGGCUGCGGACCCCAGCAGGGUUCGGGUUGAUGAAUGUGUCUCUUGCCAAGAAACACCUGAGCCAGCCACCGAUCAGCACUGAGGCGGCACAUGGACAAACGCGCAACGCCCUCAGCAUGCUGCGCCCGCUCCGGCCACAAGAAACUGACCUUGACCAGGAGCAGGAGGUCAACAUGGAGACGGGCAAGGAUACGUCUCCCCAAAUCCUCCCCAACUCAAAAAAUACACCCCCCUUGCUGUCCUUACAGGUCUCACCUGUCCCCUCUGAACCUGGCACAGACAUGAGCCCGGACUGUGACAACUCAGCACCCGGCAGCAAACCUCCUACUCCCCCUUUACACAGGCUCCCCUCCUGGGAGAGUCGUAUCUAUGCUGUGGCUAAAUCAGGAAUCAGACUGUCUGAGACUUCCUGCACAGACCCUGCUAGCAAAGACCCCUCCCUGCAGUCCUCCUAUCCUGCCUUUGUCAUGUACACAUCUCUCAUCUAUAAAAACAUGACUACACCAGUUUACACUACUCUGAAGGGGAAAGCCACUCUACUGAGCAGCAGUCCGUUCUCAGAUGAGUCAUCCAGCUCCGAGGAAUCAUCCAGUUCUGGAGAAGAGGACGGCUCCUUCUGCAGCUCCCACACCUCUUCCAGUUCCCGCAAGGACAGCAGCCCAGGCAGCCCACGUUCUCUCAAGAGAGCUGUGUCCAUGUCUUCAAUGACGUCAGAGAGUGACUAUGCCAUCCCUCCAGAUGCCUACUCCACUGACACAGAGUGCUCUGAACCAGAGCAGAAACUCCCCAAAACCUGCUCUUCAGCCAGUGACAAUGGCAAGAGUGAACCGAUGGAGAAGUCAGGCUACCUGCUGAAAAUGGUGAAGACCUGGAAGAAAACCUGGAAGAGACGCUGGUUUGUCCUCAAAGACGGAGAGCUGCUCUACUAUAAAUCACCUAGUGAUGUGAUCAGGAAACCUCAGGGUCAGAUCGAGGUCAACGCCACCAGCAGCAUCGCUCGUGGAGAGGGAAAACAAGUUCUCCAGAUCGUGACGGGGAAGCGCGUUUACUACCUGAAGGCUGACUCUCCUAACCUGCUGGAGGAGUGGCUCAGGGUGCUGCAGAGCGUACUGAGGGUGAAAGCUGCCAGUCCUCUCUUCACUCAGCCAGAUAUCAGGCCCGGCAUGAAGGGACUGCUCAUCAAGGUGAAACACGGCUACUCGAAGCGGGUUUGGUGCGCUCUGAUUGGCAAAACGCUGUACUACUUUCGCAGCCAAGAGGACAAGUUCCCACUGGGUCAGAUUAAGCUGUGGGAGGCCCGGGUGGAGGAGGUGGACAGGUACCGGGAUUCAGAUGAGGACCUGAAGGCGUGUGGGCGGGGGUUACAAGUAGCGCCCUUCACCAUCGCCAUCCAGCCACAGGAGCAAGGGCCAACUUACCUGCUCAUCGAGUCCCAGCAUGAGAAGGACUCGUGGCUGUACCAUCUGUCUGUGGCAGCAGGAACCACGGUGGGUAAAGUCGGCACUGAGUUUGAACAACUGGUGGGGAAACUCUUUCAACUGGACGGAGAUCCAAACUCUCAGAUCUGGAGACAUCCCAUGUUGUGUUUCAGUAAGGAGGCUCUGUCGUCUCCUCUCACUACGCUGCCCUCACAGGCCCUGCAAACAGAGGCUGUUAAACUCUUCAAGACUUGUCAGCUUUUCAUCAACGUGGCCAUCGAUGCUCCGGCCAUCGACUACCACGUCUCACUGGCCCAGAGUGCCCUGCAGGUGUGUCUGGCCCACCCCGAGCUUCAGAAUGAGCUCUUCUGCCAGCUCAUCAAGCAGACCCGAAAGAGGCAGCCGCAUGGCCACCCUGGACCCCUGCAGGGCUGGCAGUUUCUAGCCUUGUGUGUGGGACUGUUUCUGCCACAGCAUCCUUUCCUCUGGCUGCUGCAGGUUCACCUCAAAAGACACGGAGACUCCAGGACUGAGGUGGGUAAGUAUGCCAUCUACUGCCAGCGCUCUAUGGAGCGCACACAGCAGAAGGGCGAGAGGCAGGCCAGGCCGUCACGUAUGGAAAUCCUGUCUAUCCUACUGAGGAAUCCCUAUCACCACUCCCUGCCCUUCAGUGUGCCUGUUCACUUCCUCAACAACACCUACCAGGUGGUGAGCUUCGAUGCGUCGACCACAGUGGAAGAGUUCCAGUGUCGCCUCAACCAGGACACAGGCAUGAGGAAAACAGGACUAUCUGGUUUCAGCUUGUACACUGAUGACCCUACUGGACGGGAGCUGGAACACUGCCUGCAUCAAGGAGGCAUCAAGAUUUGUGACAUCAUCUCCAAAUGGGAGCAAGCCUCUAAGGAGCAGCACACUGGCAAGUCUGAAAACACCAGGACUGUCCGCCUCACCUACAAGAACAGGCUGUACUUCUCUAUCCAGGUGAGAGGGGAAUCAGAGAGGGAGAGGUUGUUGCUGGCCUAUCAGACUAAUGAAGCCAUUGUAGCGGGACACUUCCCUGUAAACAAGGAGCUGGCUCUGGAAAUGGCCGCCCUGCUGGCCCAGGUGGAGUUUGGGGAUUUUGAACGUCCUUUCUCUGCUCCUGGAUCAGCUCAGACCAAGUCUAACCAGACCCUGAAACAGGUCCUGGACAGAUUCUACCCUAAACACUACCGCAGAACCACAUCUGACGACCAGCUCAGGCAACUGCUCCAGCGUCUCUCUGCCCGCUGGGCCUCACUCAGGGGUCGAAGUUUGCCUGAGUGUGUCAGGAUUUACCUGACUGUUGCCAAGAAGUGGCCUUUCUUUGGUGCCAGAUUAUUUGAAGCACAAUCCAUCACUCCCUCUCCAGAGCAGGAUGUUCGUGUUUGGCUGGCCGUUCAUGAAGAUGGUAUCAGCGUUCUGGAGCACAACUCUAUCAAACCGCUGGUGUCCCACCCCUACAAGAACCUGAUGACGUUUGGAGGCUGCAAACAGGACUUCAUGCUGGUGGUGGGGCAGAGCAUCUGUACCAACGCUGCCAAAGACAAACCUUCAGAGAAACAUCUGUUCGCUAUGGACACCUCCAAGAUCAGGGAGAUCACCCUCCUCAUCUCCAGUUACAUCAACAGUGCUCAUCAGCAGAAGUCCGCCGCCCAUCACCUCUCUGCCCCGGCCCUGAUGGUGGCCCAACCUGUCAGUCUGAAGAGCAAAGAGCUGAGGAGCAAAUCUCCACCAGCGCUGGGACGCCCCAGCAAGACCCCCACGCUGCUGUGACGGCACGGAAAUAUCAAGCCCUGAUCUCACUUUUUACCUUAUUUAAAUUUGAAUAUGUAGGAUUUAUUUAUAGGUUUUAUUCUAUUGUUAUACAUUCCAUUUGUCAGUCUGUAGAUCCAUCUUUGUUUUCUCAGAUUACUUCCUGGUUUGUGGAAUAGUCACUUCUCUGCUGACUGGAAGUGAAGUUGAUGUAACUGUAAGCAGUUAACCUCCUGAGAGGUUACUCAGUGCCUUCCUCAGAGAACACAUGAGAUUCGAGGCAGAGACUGGAGCUUUGAGCUGGUAUCUAGAAACAACUGAGAGGCUUUGCCUAUCAUUCUCCAAGGACGUUUUUUUGUCUUCCUCAUGAGUGUUGCUUUUCAUGUGCUGAGUCCAAAGAGAAAAGUCAACAUUAUUUAUUGACAGACUGAGCUAGCCCUCUGAAAUGUCUCAUUAAUCAGUGCUGUCUGGUACAUUUCCUUUUGUACAGAUGCUGUUUGGAAAUGAUGUAUUCCCUAUAUAGAAUAGGUAAUGAUGCUUUAUUGAGAAAUAAUUUAAAGGAUAUUUUUGUAUCUGUUUCUGCCCUCCUGUAGGGCACAACAUCUCUGACAGGAACUGAAGCCCUUACUGUUUCAUAUUGUUGUAUAAUGAAGGAUAUUGAACACUAUGAUGAAAGCAGGAAGCAAUAACAGGUAACCACACUGCAGUAGUAUGACAUACUUUGCAACUGAUGGAGAGAGUUUUUAAAAAAAAUAGUGAAAAUGUAUUUUUGCUUCAUGUAUCCAGUUUGAAAUGCAGUACAUGUGAUUGAUGAGCUGUGGACUGUGUGAGCUUGUUGUGUUGAGAAAGACUGUAGCUUAUAAAAGUAAGUCAGUUUGGACCCUGUAUGCUCUUUAGUUACUGAAUAGCCAGGAGAGCAGUGAAACUUUAAUCAGGUACAAAUACUUCAAGCCUUUCAGGUAGGGUGUAUAACCAAAAUCAGCAAGAUGCCUCCACUCUGUAUGUUCCAUGAAUUUGUUCAGGGAAGAAACUUAAAUCAACCCUGUGUUAAUGCUGGGUUAUUUAGAGGAAGAUGGUGAGAGGAAGUGACAGUUGUUGAAAGAAUAGAUUGGUGGAAACAUUUGGUGUUUGUUCAAGGGGUUCAAAAGAAAUAGGAUGUACUGUGUCAGGUAUUACAACAAUGACCCCACACUCUAAACCAAAGAUAAACUGGAAAUACAAGACAUUUCUUAAACCUGCAGUGCAGAACUUUUGUCUUCCCCUUCUGGCAGAAAACGCAUCACUACCGGUGCGCCAGCGUGGGAAAGUCACCACAGACACCAGAUGUAAAAACUCUGGUAUACUGUGAAAUACAGAGAGAUUUACGUGGCGGCGGUAGGCUUAAUCAGCAUUGUGUGAACUUGUUUGGCAGGGCUUGAAUGUAAUGGACGUUCAUUUAUAUUUAAAAGUCCCAAACUCCAGCUUUAAUGUAAGGUACUUUAAAAAGACAACUUUCCCUCCCAGUAUUAUCUUACGCCUGUAUACAGCAACUAUUGUCCAGUAUUAAAUGUAUUUGUUGCAUAAAAUACAUUGUAUUUAAAUAAUUUUUGGAAUAUUUGUUAUGAUUAUUGUACAAGUCUAAUGCUUGAAUAAAGUAAACUA